AUGUUUGACAAAUUGUUUCUUUUUCACACUUCAGAAACCCUUAAGCAACGCGAUUUCCAGAUUAUUGAGCUAAAAAUGAAGACCGAGCAAUUUGAGGCUAUUACCUCCAAAUCCGAUUCAAUUAGCAACUCCUUUCUGACUGAAUUGACCUCUCCGAUGGCCUCUUUGGAUAACCAAUUUUUCUCCUCGUCAACUUAUCCUCUGACUUCCCCCAACUCGAUCAACUCUACUAGCACAGCAAUCUCCAGUCAGACAAACAGUUGUUUUGCUUCUGCUCCUGUUAAUGUCAGUUCUUCAUCUCCACUUUUGUCUUCCUCUUUAUCAAUUUCAUCAACUCUCCCUUCCAAACCACCACCUUCUUCGGCCAAUUCAUUCUCUCCUAUUACUGAUUCAAUUUCUGACGGUCCAUUCGUAUCCGCUCUUUACCCUUCUCUCUCAAAUUCCCUUCCUUCUGCUAGACUUUUCACUCUAAACCACCAGCCAUCGAUGUUUCAUGCAAACCUUCCAGUUGCCCAGCCUUCAUGUACGGGAGAGAAUGAUAAUCUUUUGCUCAGUCUCUCAGGCCUUUCAUCCUCUCCUCAAGUCGUAUCCACCACAAUCACAACUUCUCCAAUACCUAGCAGUCAAGGUAUUUUCGAUUCUGUCAGGCUCCCAACUGGCUGGCCACUCUCAACGCAAUCUCAGUCCGAAGGGCCAAGCGACACCUCAGCAUCUAAAGAAGAUAACGUUGGUGCAUCAGAGAUGCAAGAUAAUUUAGAUAGCCUUAAUUCUUCAUCGAUGGUUGAAGAGGGAAUGCAUGUGGCCCAUUUGCCUCCAGUUGAUUCAGCAUUGUUCUUUCCUGGACUACAUCAACUAGAUGACAGAUUUCCUGGCCCUGGGCAAAGCCACCUUUUACCAAACCCGGCUUAUACAGUUUCACAGGGCUUCAUUUCUUACCAUACCCCAGGACCCGUUAGACGUCCUGCCAACUGGAAUUCCAAUCAUGCUACAGCCACUAUUAAUGGAACUCCUCCCUCAAAUAAUCAGCUGACGCCUAUUAUGUUUAACGGUGCUUCGGGAGAAGAUUCGAGUGUCACUUGCGACGAUCCCUCUUCACCAUUGCUUGCUGACUUGCUGAUGGUCAAAGCUGCUGCUGGUUUGACGGCGGUCAUGGGUCGCUGUGAGACAAUGAACUCUCGAGUACUUAGCACUCUGGCAGCUGCGACAGCCGCAGCAGAAGCAUCCUCAUCUGGAGCAGCAAAUAUUGGCCCGCAAGCUGUUUUAUCAAACGAGUGUCCUGGCUCGACCAAUAAUACGUCGGCGAUUGCUAUAAGCGCAGAAGGCGAGUGCUCUAUCUCACCAAUUUCAGUCAGUCGAGCUCCGUCAAACUCGAUUAUAAACCAUCAUCAGCAUCAACUACAACAAGCCAUUCUUUCUGCACCCCAUUCUCCUGGCCGGCAGUCUCGCCUUUUACGUCUUAGUGGGGGCAGUUCUGGCAGUUGCGCUGGGAGUGGCAAUGGAUUCUCAUUCCAUGAAGAGGAGCCACAUGAUCCUUCUUCUUUUGGGGAUACUCCUAUUAUUGCUAGUGUAGAUAGUGGUUUGUUGCGCGACCCUCCGCCUAAUAAGCAGCAGCUACCAGAACGUCGAUACCAACUAUCGCAGUCUACCUCGAUUGGCCUACAGAUUCCAAUAACUUCAUCACUCUCCCAACUGUCCAAUGGCUUCCUAGAGACUACUGCUAUCAGCAGUCCGGCUACGGACCAGAUCAUCGAGCAAAAUCUUUCAAGCACCAGCUUCGAAACUUCUGGCCUCAGAAUUUCGGCUCCGGUCGUCAGGCUUCCUCCUUCCUCUACGUUGUCAUCGUCUUCUUCCGUCUUGUCUGCUUCCACUACAUCAGACGUAUCUCUUCUCACUCCCAAAUCUUCUUCCUUUUCUUCAUCUCCCUUCCUGACACCAUUCACCACUUCACAAGUCGCUAAUUCAGCUUUCCAACCGUCAACUUUUUCUGGCGAUGGAGAGAUCACUUUUCAGGAAUCUUCGGCUCACCAAGUAUGA